UUUCAUCUUUCUGCUUUCUCCAUUGAUGCUUCUGAGAAUGGUGUCCAAAUAAUCGCAGUUUAGGGGAAUAUAUUUCAAUAUUUUUCAACGUGUGCUGACUAUUCUGACUGUUUUAUAGAUUUUAAAUAGCUUAAAUUUAGUUUCGCAGUUUAGAAAUGUCUGUGCAAUCGUCAAUAACUGAGUUUUUCGCAACUCGCAAACGUCCAGCUAUCGACGAUGCCAAAAGAAGUUCACAGCCUAGUAAAAAAGUGAUGAUUCUGGAAAAUGAUGAAGGCGACGUGUCAGUAAGAAAAAUUAGUGACGAAAGGCGAAAUUCAGCAAAAAAUCCAUCUGCUCGCCGAAGACUCAUCUAUCCAAACAGUGUGGUGCCAGCGAGUGAAGCAAAUGUCACCAAGAAAAAAAUAUUGAAGCGUGUUCUAUUUGACAAGAAGAUUAGCAGUUCUCCGCAAUCAGACAUCAGAAAAACAUUUGGAGUGCUGAAUGGAAAAUCUAAUUCAACUUCUUCAACAUUGAAAACCAAAGAGACAAGUGAAAACUCCAAGAAUGAGGUUCCAAUAAAAAAUGAUGAAAUGAAAAUAGCUCCCAAAGAAGAAGAACCACUUAAAUUGUUGUCAUUGGAAAAGUCUGAAUUUGUAACAUGUACCGCAGAAACUACUGACGUGAAAGAAAAUCCGGUCGAACAAAUUGUGGAGGAAAAUUUAACAGUUGAAGUAGCAGAGCCACCGACAGAAAUCGUUCAAGUUGAAAGUUCGGUUGUUGAAACAUCUUCAGUUGGUGAUGAAAAAUCUGUUGAUGGUGACAAAUCUUCUGGUUCCAAAGAAAAUGCUCCAGUGGCGAAAUCUGUUCCAGUGGUUGAAGGAUCUAAAACUCCCAGUGCUACAGCUCUCAAGAAAAGCUCAAGAAUUAAGGACCUAACGAAAUUGCAAGCGAAAUUGCGUGAUGGAUAUGCUAAGUUGGAUAAAAUUCAAAAAGAAAAGAAAGUUCAGCUUGAUAGAUUCGACAUGAUAACUUUUGAAACUUCUAUUCCCAGUCCGUCGAAGAAGACGCCAAUCAAGAUGGGCAUGUCGCCGGCGAAACUGCGCGAAGCAGCGUUCGGGAGUCCGGGCGGCGGCCGGAGGCGGUUGGACCUGGACAGCUCUGCCGCCCCUCCCGCCUUCGUCAGUCCGCGCAAACUGCUGGAGGCGGUUCCGCCUCCGUCUCCGCGGCAGCAGCCGCCCGUCAGUCCGCUCAAAUCGCCACUCAAGUCACCCGCCUUCCAGCGCUAUCAGGCGCUCGUGUCAGAAGGCAAGAGUGCGCUUACUUUACCCUUCAAGUACAGAUCUCUGGCGGAAGUGUUCCGCGCAAUAGAAACAGUGGUUUCAAUGCUAGAGAAACGGCAUGAGUCCACCACAUUCACCAAGCUGAAAACAUCGGUGCAGGAAUUGUUGCGUCGCAACCUGUUCGAAAAACAUCUGGCUCAGAUCAAGGCGGUGAACGAUGCUUUCUACACGUUCCACUACGAGAAAGUGCACUCAGUCGGUGCCAAUAAACUGCAGCCUGACAGGUAUGAAUUGGUGGUAAAACCAGUGCUCGCCGCGCACCAGAUGAGCCCCGACGUGCUGUUGGAGCGACGCCGCCAGUUCUACGCAUGUCUGCUGGAACGCACCAAGACGCAUCACGAGGCGUUUCUGGCCGCCCUGGACCCGCCGCUGGUUGUCGCGCGACAGUCGCUCACGCGCUGGCAUCCCGAGUUCGACAUCGACGCCGUGCCUGACAUAGAGGCGGCCCCUUUGCCACUUCCGCCGUCCGCCGCUAAAGUGUCUACCGCUAGGGAUGUGCUCGAAAAAGCGCGCAACCUGUUCACGUCGAACCCGCGCAUGGAGCGCGCACUGCAACGCGUGAGCGAGCAGAGCGCUCUGGCGGCUGUGACGGCAACUAAUGGAAGCGGCAACACUGCUCCAGUGGCAACUAGUAACGGCAACACUGAACCAGCGGCAACUAAUGGCGGUAACACUGCUCCAGCGGUGGCUGCCCUCACCACUGCCCUCAAGGGCAUUCCCAAGUCGCUGCUCGAAAAGGUGCGAGCCAAGCAGGCAGCUCGGGCCCUGGAGGUGAUGACUCGGUCGCCGUCGCAGGCCAAGGAGGCCGUUCGCCUGACGCGGCUGCCGGAGAUCGCCCGCAUCGUGCGAAACACGUUCAUAUCGGAGAAAAAGUGUGUGCUAACACGUGAACUGGUGCUCAAGAAGUUGUCCAACAGCUAUCGUGAAGGUCUGAGUUUUCAAGAGCUUGACAGCCAUCUAAACCUUCUGCAAGAAAAAUCACCUGAAUGGUUGAACUUCUGCAAUUUCCGCAAAACCGAUUAUGUUCGUAUCGUGAAGGAUGCCAACAUGAUUCAAGUGAUGACUAAGUUGGAGGCACUGGCUAGUGAGAAUACUUACUAGCAUGCAUUAGUGUCAUUAAUUACAUGUUUAAUUACAUUACAUGUAAGUGUUAAUCUUAGUUUCCCAUGACUUAAUUUAUUCACAUUUUUGAAAAAAACUGUUGUGUCAAAGAUGUCGAGAAAGUGAGAGGAGACUUGUGAACUCGCUGGUCAACUUUCUAGCAUGUAUUACUGUAAUUUUGUGUGAAUUUUAGUGUCUCGAUUGUCGUACUUUAAAAAAAGUGAUAAGGGUAAGAAGCUGGAGAACAUUGUUAGUGAACAGUAGAAAUAUAAUCCCCAUAAGCUAUAAUGGGAUUAUUCAUACUCGCUGAAUGUGAAUAGUCAGAUUAGAACUUGUGGGAAUUAUAAUUUCACUGUCACUGUUUCGUGGUAGUGUACGAAUCCAGCUUAAAGGUGCUUACAGAUAUACGUGCCGCGAACACGAGCAAUUCACUUUUAAUCAGCUGACUAUAUCUGUAUUUUUUACAGAAACGGUAAGAUACAGAUAUGAAAAGCUUGGCACCAGCUGAUUAAAAGUAAAUUGCUCAUAUUUGCGGCGCGUAUAUCUGUUCGCACCUUUAAUUUGGAUUCGUACACAACCCAAAAACGUACGCACCUUAAGAUGUUGAUAUGAUUAGAAGUAGGAAGACGUUGGCUUGUGAAAAAUCUUACUGGCCACCUUUCUAGCACGUAUUACUGUAAUGUUGUGUUGAUUUUAGUGUCUCUUGCCACGAUUUUUGUACUUUUAUCAUAACUGAUUAUUCUAAAGAAACCAUUAUGAUUAGAAAUUGAAGGCUUUGGAGACCAAAUUCGAAUUUGGAGUUGAGUGAAAACAAAUAUUGAUGACUGGAUUUAGUUUUUUUAGUGAGAUUCACUUUAAACUGUCCGCACUCCUUAUAAAUAACACCAAAGCUUCUCAUUUAAUUAUAUGCUUCAGUUUCUCGUGAACCUCACUAUAGAUUGUAUUCUAGUGUUUAAACGUACUGUUUAUGAUGAGCGGAUUGAGACAAUUUCAAGCCCUUUUUUCAAUUUGUUGAUUUAUUGUAUAGAAACCUAUUAUCACUUCUGCCUAUAUUAUAAAUUGUGUUCAAAAGUAAAUAUUACAGAGUUGUGUGCCUUCACUAGAACUGGUUCCUAAAUUUGAAAUUUUUAUAAAUGUUUUAGAAUUUUUGUAGUUAGUUUUUCAGUCAAUUUUUGUAUUUCAGUGCUCACUUUUGCAUUCCUUCAAACUGUAUGCGUAUAUCAUUACGGAAUAAUACGAUUAUUAUUGCUUUAUCAAAUUACAAAUUAUGGCCAUAAUUUGGAAGUUUAUAUCUGUUUUCUAGCUUGUAUUAACGUGUUUUAGUGUAUUUCAUGUCCUUAAAUUUGUCUUUUAGUGUUUAGUAUUGUAGAGCAGUGAAACUGAAUCUUUGUCAAACACAAUUGAUUAUUUAAAUGUGUAUUUCUUAUCAACUUUCUAGCAUGUUGUCCCAUAUACUAAAGCUCAAUUUUUGUAGCUGUUUCAAUUAGUAACAGUUUAGUAGUCAACAAUAAACUUAGUUGAUUAAACAAUUGAUAAAUCUUGUGCAGCCAACAAAACUUUUAUAGCAUAUUUUUCUCCUGGCAGUAAAUUUUCUGCUCUUAGAAUCGAAGCUGAAAGCCUUAAACUUUUGAUAAACUAAAUGUAGCAUUUUUAUAAACUUGACCAUAAUUUUUUUACCAUUUUGAUGUUGUUUAUUGUGUUUUAAUGAAUAUGUCUAUUAUUAUGUAGGAUGUUCUAUUACUAGGGAAAUAUGUGAAACUGUAAACUAUGAAAAUAACUGCUAAGGAUCUUAAGCGUAUUUCAUGGCUGCAUUCAUUUAUUUGCUCUCGUGUACAUGUAUUGCUACAUUCAAAUCCAUUUUAUCCCUUAAUGAUCUAUUCCUAAUUGUUUUCAAAUGUUUUGUUCUAUUUUUCAAUUUAUUCAGAUUUUCCUUGAAAAAAAACAGUAUAUUUUGAUACUACUUAAUGUAAUUUUAUUCCAUUGUUCAUCCCUCAAAUACCUAGUCCUACUAAAUUCUGAUAAAAUGACACCUUUUAUCUUUAAUCUACUCUUAUGUAAUUGUGUUUAUAUUGCUUUUUAUUGUUUGACGUUGCAAUUAGGAUGUUUAUUGGCAAUAUGAUUAUUUAUUUUCUUUUAUAUAUUAAUUUUCAAUUAAUUGUUAGUAACUUUUUAUACAACAUUUUUGUCUCGAAUUAUUCUAGAUUUUCAUCAACUUGUCCCGUAUGCUGUACAAACCAAAAAUACAAUGACAAAUGUACAAAGAAGCAUAGGUAAUAUAUUUUGUAAAAUACAUAUUUUUCUC